AUAAUGACAUCUCUAUAUCAUGAUGUUUCCUAAACGAGUUCUAUAUGUCCUAUAAUCAUGACUGUACAUUGUCAACCUUAACUUCUUACAAUGGACGAAGUUACGUUAAUUUUGAAAUUUUGGACACUUUUGUCGGGAAUUUUGCAUGUUUUAGCAAAUGACUGUGUAACACAACAUAAAGGUUCGUGUGUAAAUUACCGUUACAGUACAUGUUUAGAUGGUGAAUAUUACACACUAAAUGGCUGUGGAUUUGAAGAAAUGUGCUGUUUCCCUCCAUCCCAGAUUCCCAUGGUUCCUGCCUUUCUACCAAAUCAAUGCGGCUUGAGCACACCACAAACUGCUCAUACAAACAAAAUUGUUGGAGGAUCUGUAGCUAAACCAGGAGAAUUUCCAUGGCAGGUAUCUUUACGACUUCACGAUACCCAUAUAUGUGGAGGAAUUCUUGUGGACAGACACUGGGUGCUAACUGCCGCACAUUGCUUCAGACAGAAUCAUUUCCCAAAGAUGUGGACAGUGGUUGUUGGAGAAAAUGACAGGGCAUUUAUUGAAGGCCAAGAGAAAAUAAUGAAGGUAGACACGUUGUUUGUACACUCUGGUUUUGAUGCUAACAAUUACGUAGAUGAUAUUGCUAUGAUGAAGUUGGAGGGAGAUGUAGAUAUUAACGGGUAUAUACGACCAGCUUGUUUACCUCAGAAAAAUGACAGCUUUCAGAUGCAGACGUGUGUUAUAACUGGCUGGGGAGCCGCUUUUACAGGAGGACAUGGCACGCAUGCGCUGUACAAAGCUAACAUCCCAGUAUUAGCACAGCCAGUAUGUACCUUCCUACUUGACCGAACCAUUCCGGAUACCAUGAUAUGUGCUGGACUUAAACAGGGCGGUAUCGACUCGUGCCAGGGGGAUAGUGGCGGACCGUUGGUAUGUGAACAUGGUGGUAUUUAUAAAGUUGCGGGGAUAGUAUCGUGGGGGUAUAGUUGUGCGGCCAAGUACACGCCAGGAGUUUACACAAAUGUUCCAAAAUACAUAGGCUGGAUAGAAUCUGUCCUUAAUGCAUACGAUCCAGCAUCGACCAUCAUAGGAAAACGUGACACAAAUCCUGAUUAUUUCGUGUAUAACUAAAUGAUAUUUGGAAUUAUCAGGCAUUGUUUAUUGUCUAUUCUGAAAUGGAAAAUUUGCUUUUCUUCAUUUAUUUGAGGAAGAAUAAAUUGUUUGCAAUAGAA